CCUGAACCGCAGACAGACCCUGCGGGGAGCGGCUCCGGACCACACCAUGCUGAAGAAUGUUCCGGAAAGGCAAAAAACGGCACAGCAGCAGCAGUUCCCAAAGCAGUGAGAUCAGUACCAAGAGCAAGUCUGUGGAUUCCAGCCUUGGGGGCCUUUCUCGGUCCAGCACUGUGGCCAGCCUCUACACAGACUCCACCAAGAGCUCGGGACAGAGCAACAGUAAUCUAGACACCUGUGCAGAAUUUCGAAUCAAAUAUGUUGGUGCCAUUGAAAAGCUGAAAUUCUCUGAGGGGAAAAGCCUCGAGGGACCCCUAGACCUGAUAAACUACAUAGAUGUUGCCCAGCAAGAUGGAAAGUUGCCUUUUGUUCCCCUGGAGGAAGAAUUUAUUAUGGGAGUUUCUAAGUACGGAAUCAAAGUGUCAACGUCAGAUCAGUAUGACGUCCUGCACAGGCACGCCCUGUACCUGAUCAUCCGCAUGGUGUGCUACGACGACGGCCUGGGCGCCGGGAGGAGCCUGCUGGCCCUGAAGACCACGGAUGCAAGCAACGAAGAGUUCAGCCUGUGGGUCUAUCAGUGCAACAGCCUGGAACAAGCACAAGCCAUCUGCAAAGUUUUAUCCACUGCUUUUGACUCUGUACUCACAUCCGAGAAACCUUGA